UGUAAAUUCGAAUCUUGAACAAAAUGUCAGCAAGAAAAUACAUCUAACCACUCUCCUGGACCGCUCUCCCCUUUCUCCACCCCUGCCCACGGCCCGCCCCAUAUGCUUAAAACGCACUGAGGACCGUGAUGCUUGCUAGUGGAGUUGAAACAGGGGUACAUGACCGUAGUUUUGCCAUUAGUGUAGGACAAAUGUAGGUAGCUUGCCACAAUGUUCUAACCGGCGAGAGAUGUUUUGUUGUUUUAUCCCCCGGUCACGGCGCUUUUAGCCACGUUUUAUGAUAUUUUAACCCAUGCGUUAUGGUUUCGUAGGAUGGAAGUAGACGACGUGUCGGUUAGAGAGCAGCUUUUCCACAACAGAGUGCGAGAGACGUUUAUCUGUGUCCUCCUCUUCACCUGCCUCUACAUUCUGUCCUACCUCAUCCUCACUCACUUCAAGAAGAAUGCGGACUAUGUCACGGAUGACAUUGAAGAUGCGACCGCCAACAAAAUUGCGCUGUGGCUGUGUACGUUUACCCUCUCUGUGGCAGUGUGCGCUGUGCUGCUCCUCCCAAUCUCCAUCCUGUCCAAUGAGGUGCUGCUCAUCUUCCCUCACAGCUACUACAUGCAGUGGCUCAACGGAUCGCUCAUUCACGGAUUAUGGAACCUAGUGUUCCUGUUCUCCAACCUGUCCCUGGUCUUCCUCAUGCCCUUCGCCUACUUCUUCACUGAGUCAGAGGGCUUCGUGGGCUGUAAGAAGGGGGUGAUGGCGCGGGUGUAUGAGACGGCGGUGGUGCUGCUGCUGCUCACUCUGCUGGUGCUGGGCAUGGUGUGGGUGUUUGUGGCUCUGCUAAACAACCACAGCGCCAGGGAGAGCCUCUACGACAUGUGGGAGUACUAUCUCCCCUACCUCUACUCUGCCAUCUCUCUGUGUGGAGUGCUGCUGCUGCUAUUGUGCACUCCCUUCGGGCUGUCCCGCAUGUUCAGUGUCACCGGGAGCCUACUGGUCAAACCACGGCUGUUGGAGAAUGUGGAGGUGGAGAUGAACUGUGCUGCGUUCGAGGAGGCUUCUCUCUCCAGGACACUCAACAGGGGUAGCACGGCAUGCUGGGUCAGUGUGAACGUGGAGCCUUUGAGGACGCAGUACCUCGGCGUCCAGGCCAAACGAAUCGCCCUCGGAAUAGCUUCACUGCUCACCGGGAGACUGACAGCGUUGUCUACAGUGGUCCUUGUCCUCAUCAUUCUCUCUCCCCCAGAGAUGCGGAGGAGAGCGUCUCCAUGGCAGCGGAACCUGUUCUACCCUCUGGCCAUGCUGCUGCUCCUAGCUCUGACGGUGGCCUGCGUGUUGAUGGUUUGUUUCCAUGUUCUGGAGCUCCUGUUCGACGAGACGGCCAUGCCCAGUGGAAUGGGGGACCCUCGCCUGGGGACGGCUUCCUUCUCCAUGUUUGGGUCCCUGGGAGCAGCAGUGCAGGUGGUCCUCAUCCUGUACCUGAUGGUGUCGUCUGUGGUGGGCUUCUACAGCUCUCCUCUCUUCACCUCCCUGCUGCCCCGCUCUCAGGACACCAACCUCACACAGAUCAUUGGGAACUGUGUCUCUCUUCUGGUCCUCAGCUCAGCACUGCCGGUCUUCUCUCGCACUCUGGGGAUCACACGGUUUGACCUCCUGGGAGACUUUGGGAGAUAUAACUGGCUGGGGAACUUCCACAUAGUGUUCUUGUACAACAUUCUGUUUGCCGGCCUCACCUCUGCCUGCCUCAUCAACACUCUCACCUGGGCUGUGCAGGGAGAACUCAUACGUGCCUUCGGUCUCCACAAACUUCCUCUGACAGUGUCCCGCACAACCAUCCCCCUCAAGCUCCUCCUGGCAAAUGGCCUGUCAAAGAUCCAGUGACUGACAUUCUCUUGACCAAUCAACCGUGAUCUUUAAUCCCGACUGGGACCUGAGCCCCCUGGAUAGCAUUCCCAUUGGACCAAAGGCACCUUGUCUUCAGUCCUCCAGUCAAUCUGUGUCUGGAUCACCAAAAUGAAGAGACCGGAGUGGAGGAUUAGAAGUGCAGUUUGGACAAUGACGCAGUAUAGCUCUGCUCACUGACCAAUACAAGUUGACUUGGGGAACAAACUUAAACGCUCUCGCUUUUUGACUACAGUACUGGGGUGCUAUUGAAAUCACUAUGUGCAGUAAUCUGAGGCAAAAAUGAUAAAUUCUGUAACUGCUAAAAUCUAGAACUGAAAGGGAUCUUAUCAGGGUUUUUGGGUCAUGGCUAGAAGGGGUUCAACUAUUGUCAGAUGAUAUUACUUUUCGUAGCAGGUUAGGAGAAUUAGGUUAAGGUUAGGAGAAGGGUUGGGGUUAGUUAAAAUUAAAAAAAAAAAAGAUCUGCUUUUGACGUUAAUUUGAGAAAAGCUGGGUCCCUUCUAGCCAUGACCGGGUUCUUGUUGACCUUGUGACAUCAUACAGUACAUCCUGGACGUCCUAAUGCCUUAUGAGAAACUCACAAUGGGUUCGAGAGGUGACGGUGGGACCGACUUACUUUGCUCUUUGGACUCGCACGUGUAAAAGUCAGCAAAUCUAUUUUUGGAACAUUACGUUGCAACUGACAUUUCCUUUUCCUGAUCAGGGGUUGAGCGGUUGAGUCCUCUCUCUGCCUCCCCUCUCCCCACGCCUUCCUCUCUCUCUCAUGUAAGACUACUAUUUCUGGGCCUCACUCCUUUGAAUCCCACUUCCAUUUCUUUUUAAGACUCCUUGUCUGUCUGUAAUGGUGUUGUGUCCGUUAAUGAGAGGAUGUUUUUAAACCUGGGUAUUUUACAUGCCUUGACCUUCACAUAGUGAAGGAAGAGAAGGGGGACCGGACAGGGUUGUGUUCAUUAUGUUACGGCUUAAAGCAUUUUGCAACGAAAAAAAUGUGCAUUUCAGUUCUCUAACAUUUGGUGCCAGACGAACACAACCCAGGAUUUGUUUUAGACUGAUAACAUUGAAUUAGUGAACAAUGUAUGAAAAGAUACCUGAACACAGAGGGGAAAAUAGACAAGGGAGGUUAUUGGUUGUAUAAUGGCAUUUCUGUUCCCUUUAAAAAAAAAAGAAAAAGCAUUAAGGAGCUUCCUUAAUGCAAAUUAACACUCGCGUGUCCUGCCUUGGACCAAUCAUACUGUGACUAGCUUGUUCAUGUUCAAGUGCAAUACUUUUUACGCUCCACUGCCAAUUCCCAUGACCUGUUUUUCCUGAACUUUUAUAUUAGAAUAAUAUAAAUUAAUGAUCUCUAGCGUUUUUUUAGUUAUUUUUUUUAGAUCUCUUUAUUGUGAUCCUGUGUCGUGCUUUUCCUUUGCUGUAUCAGCAUGUAUGUUAAGUUUGUUUUAAUUGUUGUUAUUAGCUGUUAGACAAUCAGUUCCUUUCUCUGUCACCAGCAGGGGGCAGGGUCUCCCAAACUCACCGGCAGCCUGAAGCAUGCCCUGAGGUUCCGUCAGAGAACCUUCCGUCCUCAGGGCAAUGGUUCUGUUUGGUCAGUCAUUGCACAUAAGCGUUGACUCAUUUCAUGUCGCGUAAACACGUCUUUCGAGUCUAUUGUUUGGGGAGCAAACAGUUUAUGGUUUACUUUUAGUGCUCUAAAACGUUUUGAUGUUGUAAAAUGUAUGUAUUUUUUCAUGAGCCGUGGAGAAAAGGGCAUAAUCUGUCUUGUCUGAUAUCUAUGGAUUGGUAUGAGUAAUAAGACUGUUACAGUGCAGUUGUAUAGUAGUUUAUCUAUACAUGAUCAGGUCCCAUUAUCCAGCCCAUCUGACUUUGUGUGGGCGUUUGCUGGCACGUCUGCCCCCCCCCCCUCCCUCUGUGCGGUUUACGCCUGCCCCACCCCCUCUGUGCUGUUUGUCUGCCCCCCUGUGCUGUUUACGUCUCCGUCCCCCUGUGCUGUUUACGUCUAUCCUGUGCGUGUACGUCUCUGUCCCCCUGUGCGGUGUACGUCUAUACUGUGCGUGUACGUCUAUACUGUGCGGUGUACGUCUAUACUGUGCGUGUACGUCUCUGUCCCCCUGUGCGGUGUACGUCUAUACUGUGCGGUGUACGUCUCUGUCCCCCUGUGCGGUGUACGUGUAUACUGUGCGGUGUACGUGUAUACUGUGCGGUGUACGUGUAUACUGUGCGGUGUACGUGUAUACUGUGCGGUGUACGUCUGUGUCCCCCUGUGCGGUUUACGUCUGUGUCCCCCUGUGCGGUUUACGUCUAUACUGUGCGUGUAAGUCUGUGUCCCCCUGUGCGGUUUACGUCUAUCCUGUGCGUGUACGUCUGUGUCCCCCUGUGCGGUUUACGUCUAUACUGUGCGGUUUACGUCUGUGUCCCCCUGUGCGGUUUACGUCUAUCCUGUGCGUGUACGUCUGUGUCCCCCUGUGCGGUUUACGUCUAUACUGUGCGGUUUACGUCUAUACUGUGCGGUGUACGUCUGUGUCCCCCUGUGUGGUUUACGUCUAUCCUGUGCGUGUACGUCUGUGUCCCCCUGUGCGGUUUACGUCUAUCCUGUGCGUGUACGUCUGUGUCCCCCUGUGCGGUUUACGUCUAUACUGUGCGGUUUACGUCUGUGUCCCCCUGUGCGGUUUACGUCUAUCCUGUGCGUGUACGUCUCUGUCCCCCUGUGCGGUGUACGUCUAUACUGUGCGGUGUACGUCUCUGUCCCCCUGUGCGGUGUACGUGUAUACUGUGCGGUGUACGUGUAUACUGUGCGGUGUACGUGUAUACUGUGCGGUGUACAUCUAUCCUGUGCGUGUACGUCUGUGUCCCCCUGUGCGGUUUACGUCUAUCCUGUGCGUGUACGUCUGUGUCCCCCUGUGCGGUUUACGUCUAUCCUGUGUGGUGUACAUCUGUGUCCCCCUGUGCGGUUUACGUCUAUCCUGUGUGGUGUACGUCUGUGUCCCCCUGUGCGGUUUACGUCUAUCCUGUGCGUGUACGUCUGUGUCCCCCUGUGCGGUUUACGUCUAUACUGUGCGGUGUACGUCUGUGUCCCCCUGUGCGGUUUACGUCUAUACUGUGCGGUGUACGUCUGUGUCCCCCUGUGCUGUUUACGUCUAUACUGUGCGGUGUACGUCUGUGUCCCCCUGUGCGGUGUACGUCUAUACUGUGCGGUUUACGUCUACUGUGCGGUGUACGUCUAUACUGUGCGGUGUACGUCUAUACUGUGCGGUGUACGUCUGUGUCCCCCUGUGCGGUUUACGUCUAUACUGUGCGGUUUACGUCUGUGCCCCCCUGUGCGGUUUACGUCUGUGCUCCCCUGUGCGGUAUACGUCUGUCCUGUGCGUAUGUCUGUCCUGUGCGUGUCUGUCUCACCACCAUUUGUUGCCUUGCUUUAAUCAGGCCCAGAAGAAAGCCGUUGUAUUUGGGCCCGUCUGUCAUCGGAGGCCGUCCCUGAUAACGCUAUAACCAACGUUUCCUCCACUCGGAUGCCACCGCCAGAUAAACCAACAAAAAAAAGGCCAAAUCAAGAGGAGAGGCGACGCUCUCGCUUUCUCUCUCUCACCUCCACCCACUCCCCCUUUCUUCCAUCUGUUUUCCUGGCAUAUUAUUCAUUUCCUCUUUUGGAGGCAGAAAAAGAACCCGGUUCUGAUUCAUGACUCCUUGAUUUUUUGUUUGCAUUUCUUUUUCUUGUUUUCUUUUGUUUGAUGUUUUUUAAAUGAGCUGUCUUUUUGUUUUUGUGUUGCCUUUUCCUCCGCUAAAAGGGAGUUUAAGUCUAAAUGUUCCCGUAAUGCUACUUACUGUACAUAUCAGAGGCUUGGUGUGCCCUGUGGGUUGUAGGCACACACGCCACCGAGACAUGUCAGUUAAUGAAUACAGGAUUGCUAUUAA